AUGGAUUUGAAUAUAAACAAGGCGUCCACUGUUCUUACUGACCCUGCACCAGUAAACAAAUCAAGGCUCGGAUCGUCCUUUCCCUCGGGAAGAUUCAUGAUGCAUUCGAGGAAAAAGAUCCCUAAACUCGACGAUGUUAGAUCCAAUGGUUGGUUGGACGCAAUGAUUUCAUCGUCCCCUCCUCGUAAAAGGCUCAUCAAGGAUUUCAACAUUGAGAUUGCUCCUGAAGAUGAUUUUGCUCAACGAGCUUGGAUGCUUAAGUAUCCUUCAGCGAUUAGCUCGUUCGGGCAUAUUGCAGCUCAAGCAAAGAACAAGAAGAUAGCUGUGUUUCUUGAUUACGAUGGAACGCUUUCACCAAUUGUCGAUGACCCUGACCGUGCCAUCAUGUCUGAUGCGAUGCGUGCGGCUGUUAAAGAUGUCGCCAAGUACUUCCCAACCGCAAUAAUUAGUGGUAGAAGCCGUGACAAGGUUUACGAAUUGGUAGGACUAACCGAACUCUAUUACGCGGGUAGUCACGGGAUGGACAUAAUGACUCCUGUAAAUCUAAAUGGGUCCCAUGAAGACCCUAAUUGUAUAAAAUCUACUGACCAACAGGGUGAAGAGGUAAACCUCUUUCAGCCUGCGAAAGAAUUCAUACCCGUCAUCGAAGAGGUCUAUAAAACCCUCGUCGAGAUAACUAAAUGUAUUAAAGGUGCAAAAGUAGAGAACCACAAGUUCUGCGCCUCUGUACAUUACCGUAAUGUCGAUGAAAAAGACUGGCCAAUUGUUGCUCAACGAGUUCAUGACCACCUCAAACAAUACCCUCGUCUUCGUCUAACUCACGGGAGAAAGGUUUUAGAGGUUCGUCCUGUGAUCGAGUGGAACAAAGGAAAAGCAGUCGAGUUUCUGUUAGAAUCUCUCGGAUUAAGCAACAACGACGAUUUCCUACCAAUCUUUAUCGGAGAUGACAAAACCGAUGAAGAUGCAUUCAAGGUACUGAGAGAAAGCAAUCGAGGAUUCGGAAUAUUGGUAUCGUCCGUACCAAAAGAAAGCAAUGCAUUUUACUCUCUUAGAGACCCCUCCGAGGUGAAGAAGUUUCUAAAGACUUUGGUGAAAUGGGCGAAGAUGGACGACUCUACACGUUUUUAA